UGUAACCUAACCUAGUGGGACGCGUCAGUUGUCCCUCAAUAAUCAACAUGCUCGGGUGAAUCAAAAUUCAAAGAUCCAAUUCAAAAGCGGGAAAGGCUGUAGUAAGCUUAACUUUUUUGAAGGCCCCCAUUUUAAUUAAUAUUUACUCCGAUCGUCUCAAAAUUUCAUCGGAGUUGAGAGGGAUUUCAUUUUCCAUAGAAGCAAUAAGUUAUGGCGGAUAAGCAGAAGAGUAGUAUCCGAAAGCCAUUAAGCUUAAACGAUAGCCACUAUCGUUUUCUCCAAGAUUUCUCCGCUCCUCCCAAACCCUCAUCCUCCAAAGAAGAAGAGUCUGAGGAGGAGGCAUUCCAAGUUCGACGUCGUCUUUGCAAACAAAUCCAUAAGGAUGAUUCUAUUCCUCACUUCUCUGGAAUCACCGAUUUUGAUUCUCCUCUUGAAGAAGCAAAGCCCGCAAAGGUGAAGAUUGAGGGUAGGCGCCGAUUGUGUAAAAUCUCAUCUCAAGAUGGUGGGGAUGCUGAAAAAACAUCAAUUCCUAAUGAACCUAACUUUUCUGAAAUUUGUGAUUUUGAUUCACCGUUGCUGACAAAGAAUGUUUGUGAGGGUGGAAGUCAAAUUAGAGAUAUUUUAAAUGACUUGAGCUCCAAGCUUGACCUUUUGUCUAUAGAUAAAAAAGCAGCCCCCAAAAUGAAUUUUAUGGAAUAUGCUAGUGCCGAGUCUUCAUUUUCUGGUACAUCUGAUCCAUCUGAUUCGUCAUCACGUGCAACUAAGAAUGUUGGAGGUGGUGUUGAGGAUGUAGUUGAUUUGUGUGAAGUUGAAGUUGAUUUUGUUCAUAAGGUUCAUAAAACCAAUGACAUAAGCGUAGGGUUGAUGAAGAAGGAAUCAAAAAGGGUUAAUGAGAAAUUGGUGUCUGCAAGACAGUCUUUUGAUUCAAAUAUUGAAGGAGAAGAAAAGAGCGAAUUGCAGAGUGACGUUUUUGUUACUAGGGUACAUGAAUCUAAGAAAAAUUUUCAAAGGCUAAAGAAGAGUGAACCAAAAAAUGCAUACGAGCAGUUGUGGUCUGUGGGCAGGCCUUGUGCAUCUAAAUAUGGAGAAGAAGAGGAUGAUGAUGAUGAUUGUGUAGUUUUAAAUAACAAGCAAGCAUUUAAAACAGCUGUGGGGCUUGGUGGUGACUUGAAGAAGUAUGAUCAGUCUGAGGAAGUUGAUGAGCUUGAUGAUUAUGGAGAUGACAUGUUAUCAGAAGGUGACCACCCUAUUGUUUUGAGUGGCCCGAAAUCAACCUUUAAGCUGCCAACUAAACUUGCGAAAAUAUUGUACCCACAUCAGCGCGAGGGAUUGAAAUGGCUUUGGUCUUUGCAUUGCCAGGGUAAGGGUGGAAUCUUAGGGGAUGAUAUGGGCCUGGGAAAAACAAUGCAGAUCUGUGGCUUUCUAGCAGGGUUGUUUCGUUCAAAGUUGAUUACAAGAGCUUUAAUAGUUGCGCCAAAAACGUUGCUUUCUCAUUGGAUUAAAGAACUAUCUGUUGUGGGGCUUUCUUCGAAGACUAGAGAGUACUUUGCAACUUCUGCUAAAACUCGGCAAUAUGAGCUCGAAUAUAUACUUCAGGAUGGAGGUAUUCUUCUUACAACUUAUGAUAUUGUGCGGAACAACUCUAAAUCUUUAAAAGGAGAAAGCUACUACAGUGAUGACGAUUAUGAGGAUGGUAUCAUAUGGGACUAUAUGAUUCUUGAUGAGGGGCAUCUCAUAAAAAAUCCUAGCACACAAAGGGCGAAAAGUUUGCUUGAUAUAUCAAGUGCUCAUCGGAUAGUCAUAAGUGGUACACCAAUUCAGAACAAUCUUAAGGAACUUUGGGCCUUGUUCAACUUCUGUUGUCCUGAGCUACUCGGUGAUAAUAAAUGGUUUAAGGAAAGAUAUGAGCAUGCUAUUUUACGUGGAAAUGACAAAAAUGCCUCUGAGAGGGAAAAGUGUAUUGGCUCAAGAGUUGCCAAGGAGCUUAGAGAACAUAUUCAGACUUACUUUUUGCGUCGGUUAAAGAAAGAGGUUUUUUGUGAAGAUGAUGCCACCACUGCCAAGCUUUCUAAGAAAAAUGAGAUCAUUGUGUGGUUAAAGUUGACUGGUUGCCAGCGACGACUGUACGAAGCUUUUUUGAGAAGUUAGAUAGUUCUUUCAGCUUUUGAUGGCUCACCUCUAGCUGCAUUGACGAUUCUGAAAAAAAUAUGUGAUCACCCACUUCUCUUGACAAAGAGAGCCGCUGAGGAUGUACUGGAAGGGAUGGAUUCAAUGCUAAAUUCAGAAGAUGCUGGUGUCGCAGAAAAAUUGGCAAUGCAUGUUGCUGAUGUUGCUGAAACAGAUGACUUUCAAGAUAAUCACAACAAUCUCUCAUGCAAAAUAUCGUUUUUACUCUCACUUUUGGACACUUUAAUUCCAGAAGGCCACCAUGUUCUUAUCUUUUCUCAAACCCGUAAAAUGCUCAAUCUUAUUCAGGAAUCUCUAGCAUCAAAUGGCUACAAAUUUUUACGUAUUGAUGGUACCACAAAAGCAAGUGACAGAGUAAAGAUUGUUAAUGAUUUUCAAGAAGGUAUUGGGGCUCCUAUAUUUCUUCUGACAUCGCAAGUUGGUGGUUUAGGCCUCACACUUACAAAAGCAGAUCGUGUCAUUGUGGUUGAUCCUGCUUGGAAUCCAAGCACGGAUAACCAAAGUGUUGAUCGUGCAUAUCGAAUUGGGCAAAAGAAGGAUGUCCUUGUUUAUAGGUUGAUGACCUGUGGAACUGUUGAAGAAAAGAUAUAUAGAAAGCAGAUAUAUAAGGGGGGAUUGUUUAAGACUGCAACUGAGCACAACGAACAGAUUCGCUACUUUAGCCAGCAGGAUCUUCGGGAACUUUUCAGUCUUCCCAAACAGGGGUUUGACAUUUCACUCACCCAAAAGCAAUUAAAUGAAGAGCAUGAUCGUCUACAUAAAAUGGAUGAGUUAUUGGAAACCCACAUAAAAUUCCUGGAAACGCUGGGAAUAGCAGGAGUUAGUCAUCACAGUCUACUUUUCUCUAAAACAGCACCUGUACAAGUUGUAGAGGAAGAAGAUGAAGACAUACGGAGAAAAGGAAAUACAGUAGUGGGGCAUUCAUCUUCAAGUUCUUCAGUUGUACAGAAUAUUGAUGGGGCUGAAUAUGCUUUCAAGCCAAAGGAUAUCAAAGUGAGCAGGAAAAUCUCUUCCCCUGGUGAUGCAGCUAAAUUAACUGAAAGUGAAAUUAAAGAGAGAAUUAAUCGGUUGUCUCAAAUAUUUGCAAAUAAGAUUACUGUUUCAAGGUUGCCUGAUAAGGGAGCAAAGAUAGAAAAGCAGAUUGCUGAACUGAAUGAAGAGCUCUUCAAGAUGAAGAUGGCAAAAGAAACUGAAACUGAAGUUGAUGUAGAUGAUAUAACUGGAGAAUUUCAAAGAGUGUUGAAUGUAUAGAUCAGGGAAAUGCUCGGUAAUCUGUAUUUUACAAAUCUGAAUCUAGUCCGGCCAGACACAAGCAAAACUGGCUUGAUGUUUAAAAAGAUUUACAGCAUUCAGAUAGGCUUUGGAUUGAAAAUUUCAGACAAGUCUAGCACUGGCUCUAUAUAGAUUUUUGUUCGGAAGUUUGGGAAUAGCAAAAUGCAUAUUUUGAGGGUGGACUUAAAUCUCUCUAUAAGAAGCUAUGAACAUCAGAGUUAUCUGUUGACAUGCUUCUUGUAAUCAUGUUUCCUGAAUGCAAUAUGUCAUUAUGGAUCCAUUUUUGGUUACAAUGCGCCAAUUUACUUCAAAGUUUAACUCUUGCUUUUUUCAUGGAAGGGACAAUAUGUAAGGGCAUCAUUCGGAUUAUCAUGUUAUAUUUUCUUUGUUGUAAAGUGGUUUAUUUGGAUGAAAUGGUUAU